CUUUAAGCUUGUUUUUUUUAGCAAUCUUUAAGCUUGUUUUUUUAGCAAUCUUUAAGCUUGUUUUUUAGCAAUCUUUAAGCUUGUUUUUUUAGCAAUCUUUAAGCUUGUUUUUUUUUAGCAAUCUUUAAGCUUGUUUUUUUAGCAAUCUUUAAGCUUGUUUUUUUUAGCAAUCUUUAAGCUCGUUUUUUAGCAAUCUACAAGCUUGUUUUUUUAGCUAUCUGGGAUCAUUGUCAUUGUAUAUCAUUGCAAGAUUCCAAAGUGAAUUAAAAGAAUAUUUUACAAGAAAAUCCAUUAUUUUUAAAUAGUAUGAACCACAUGUAAUUAUUCUAUGUAUCGAUUCAAGCCAGUGGAUUGGGAGGGUUUUUUUGACAUUGAAAGUUCAUUUUGAAGGUCAAUUGAUAACCUAGAAGAUAUGGGAUUUAUAAAAUGUAAAAAGUUAAAAAAAAACUAUGAAUUUCUCGAGUGAAAUUUUGAAACGCAGGAAAACUAUACUAUUUAUGAAAGAAUUUAUGAACUAAAGUGAAAUAUGUAGUAUAGUUAUUCCAUAACCCUGUUUUGAUCCAAUAGAUAUCUACUAUUCACACAACUCACACAUAUUUACAAGUUCACAACAAAAUCUUCAAAUAUACCAUUAAGUGAAUUCUGUUUUAUGUUUCAUAAGCCUUUUGUGCACAAUUCAUGCUUUGUUUAUGCUUAACAUUAGUAUAGCAUGCAAUUCAUAGAACAAACAUUUCAGAAAAUUAUACUUUUUUCACGGCAUGUUAUAACAUUUUUGGUCUAUCGAAUUAAGUUAAAAUAAUCGAGAAACAUUAUGUUAAAGAGAUAUUUCAUGUCCAAAAUAGUUGCAGUGGCACACCAGUGCCAAGUGGAAUAAAGAAGUGGAAGAAGAUAUACACUUGAGAAAAUACCCUUUGGGAAUGAUUUGCCCUUGGUAAAUUGCCAAUGAUAAAGUGUCUAAUGCCUCAUUAGAAAUAAACAGGACUGAGAUCAGAUUUAAUGAAUAACAAGAAAUAGUUGAACUAUGAAGACGUUAUUGAACCGGUUUAAGUUUUAAAAAAAGUGGUUUUACAAAAAGUAAAUCAUACAUGCAAAUAUCAAAUAUGUAGAAGUAAAUAAAUGGCGUUACUUUAAUUGCUGUGGUAAUCUUAUUCUUCUAGAAAGUGUAAAUUUUUGAGAAAAAUGGAAGAAAAAAAUGAUCCUGAAAAAAAUGGUAUUUUGAAAAAGAUUUCAGGUUACAAUUUUUCCUUUCCAAUUAAUUUGGGCCGCUCUGAUUUUUUAAAAUUUCCAGAAGAAAAAAUUCUUUUGAAAAAAACGACCAAUAUUGCUAACAUCGCAAAACUUAUAUUUAAAUUUAGUUGUUAAUUAUAUAAAUUUAAAGGUUUAUAAACAAAAAAUCAUUAGGUUCGAAUAUUGCUGCUGCAUUGGACAUAUUAAUAGCCCCAAUAGUUAAUUCUGAAAUUAAUGCUGAACAAGAAAAUAACGAAGAAAUCAGUGAAGAUUUAAGUCCUAUCGCACAAACUAAUGGGGAAGACAGAGAGAUCAUGAAUCAGGGUGAGAGUGUUGAGCCAACAAUUGAUCUUGAAGAAAGAGAUAUCUCAGAAACACAAAUCAGUGAUUUUGAUGACAAUUGCCCUGAAGCACCAAGGAAUAACAAAGACAUAUUUGACCAUCAAGAAAGACCUCAUUCAUAUGAUAAUCUGGAAGAUAAAAUGGUCAACAACUCUACACGACAAUCUAGCAUAGAUAAACUGGAUUCAGCAACAAAUCUCUCCUACUCUACUCGUCUUACUAGAACAGAUUCUCUACAUGAUGAUGAAGACAUUAACAUAAAUUUGUUCACCACUUCAGAUCCCAUUAAUAGUUCUGAAGACAGCACCAAGUUAGAUUAUUGUUUAAAAACACAAAACCAGUUUGGGAAUAAAGCAGAAGAUGAUCUUAGCGGAUCUGAGUAUUCUGAACAAAAUAAGAAAGAAACUCAGCAAGAUGAUACAAUCAGUGAUGAUAUAUGUCUGAAAGCUGCUAAAAUUCAAAGCUCAACACACUCCAAUUCAAAGUAUUCCUUUGAAACACAAAUUGAUGGUGAUAUUAUUGCCAAUGGACAUAAUGAGAAAGGACAAGAAAAAGAAGACAUUACUAGUGAGACUGAUGUAUGCUCAAUCAUUGAGAGAAAAGCAUCAAAAACCUGUCUUUCACCAAACGAAGAAGGUAUGAUGGAAGGGAGAGCUAUAAGUAGGUUAUCUAUGGGUUCACAGGAUGCAAAUCAAUCAGAGGUGGCAACUCCAGAUGAAAACAGCCACAGACAGAGGAAAGUAAUUCUUAAAUUCUUAAAUAAAAAACAUUAAUUGAACCCUAUUGUUUCCUUACAGUAAAUCGUGAUCACAUGCACAAUAUCAAAAAAUAGAUUUCAGAAAAACUUUAUUUUAUUUAAUGGGCCAAAAAAUG